UUUUAGAAAGGCCUUAAAGGACUGUUAUCCAGGGCCGUAAAAUAAAUUAAAAAAAAAUAUAUACUUUUUAGAAAAAUAAAAAAAUAGUAAAAUAAAUAAAAUAGUAAAAUAAAAUAGGUUACCGGUGCUUUUUUUAAAGUACUUUGCUACCUACCUACUAAAUAUAAAAUCUAGAUGAAAACAAUGUCUCAAAUUAUCAAAAUAUUACUGCCUGAAAUUCCUAAUGAAAUGGGUAAUGUAUUUUUCAAAGGACACAUAAAAAUAACUAAUCAAGAUUGUUUAACAAUAUUCAUUACAACUUAUUCCACAAACAAUAAAAUAUUAGCAGGUGAAAAUGUUUACAAAGAAAACAUUAUUUAUGGCUACCACCACAGUGAUAAUCUAUCAAAGAAUAUUUUAAAGAAGAGCUUAAAUAGUUUUAUAGUAAACAAUAUUCAGUAUCCAAAACUAAGUAGCCUAGUAUUAAAUGGUGUUAAAAAAAAUAUUGAAGACUGUAUUGUUAUGUUGUAUGAUUAUAAUAAAGUGAAAAAUUCUGAAACUCUUAGUACAAACGACUGUUUUUUCUCAACACUGCAAGAACUGAUUCAAAAAGAGUGUGGUCAGUCAUAUUAUAGUAAAUCUGAAAACCAACCAAGAUUACAAACUCUCUCCUGGUUUGAAUCAUCAAUGUUUGGGCAGCAUGUAUAUAAUUAUAUUAUGUUGAUAAAAUGGCUUAUAAAUACAGUCAAAAUGAAGAAAAAGGUAACAAUAGAACAUGGAAACUUUAUAAUGGUUAUUAUUUUGGAUAUUCUACUUGGAUAUCUAGUAUUGGAACUACUUGUUUUUGACAGAAAAGCACUUGGUGCACUCCUAUUUGGAAUUUUAGAGAAAUUAGUAAAUCUUAUGUAUUCCUUGUUAAAAUGGCUUAUGGGGGCACCAGCUGGUCUGAAGUUGAAUAAUGCAUUCAACAAAAUGUUAGGGAAGUAUUUUCUAUAUCAUGUUGAGCUGUGGUGGCUAUUCUUGGAUGUGUCAGGUGAAAAAUUGGAUGUGGUUCUGCAUAUUUACCAGUACUUGGGCUAUUUGGGAUUCACAUUCCAAGCUGCCAUAAUAUCAGAUAUGAUGUGUUUAGCCACCUUUCAUUCUUACUGCAUUUAUGUAUAUGCUGCAAGAUUGUUUAACCUUCAAAUAUCAGGGUUAACGGCUCUAUUACGAUUAUUUGUUGGAAGGAAGUAUAAUCCUCUAAGGGGUGGUAUAGAUUCCUGUGAAUAUACUAACCAGGAGAUGUUUGUUGGCACAGUGGCAUUCACUAUACUGCUGCUGUUAUUGCCAACUACUCUUAUGUACUAUAUUGUAUUCACUAUGUUCCGAGUGUUAUCUCUGUCUGUACAAUAUAUUCUGGCGAAAGUUAUUUACUUAAUACAAAGUCUUCCAUUUUAUGUUAUUAUUUUAUGGAUAACACGAUCGCCUAAAAUUGCAGGUAAUGUACUAAUAGAAGAAGUUGAAAGUGAUUCAUCAAUUAUUCUCAAAGUUAAACUAUGUAAUAAAUCUCUUGGAGACCUUACAAAGAAUUUUACACCACCAGUAAAAGUUCCGAAACACUUUGACUGGAGUAACAUCGUGUCUAAUGUUUUUACAGGGAAGCAAAUAAUUUAAAUGAAAUUAUAAAUAAAACCAAAAUCUGCCUGGA